AUGAAGCUUUCAUGUUUUGCGCUCUUUGCUAGCGUUACGUCCAGUACGGUUGCACAAGCGGUCAAAGUCAUGUGGGAACAAAUCACAACCGCUGGGUUGGCGGGUAGUGUCGAUUUCGUCGGCAGCAUGAAUACCCUCCAACCCCAGUGCUUGAGGCCUCCGGGUUUUGAUCCGAACCACGAAGGUCACUCAGGCUGGCAGGCGUAUGAUAUUGCCAGGAACAAUAUCGUGGGCUGGGUUCAGAAUACCAAGCCCGAUAUCGUUCAAUUCAUGCUUGGCACCAACGAUGUUAACAUCGGCAAGCGGAACGUCGAGAGUAUCAUUGACUCGUACACAAUCAUGCUCAACGCAAUGCGCGCCGCGAACCCUAGGGUCAAGGUUAUUGUGGAUAAGCUGAUACCGACAAGCUGGAGCGACCCGACCAUUGAGGCCCUCAACAACGCCAUCCCCGGUUGGGUACAACAGAGAACAACAGCUGAGUCUCCUGUUGUUAUUGCUGACUGUUCACGGGCCGCUGGCUUCACAAAUAAUAUGCUGCGGGGCGACGGUGUCCAUCCUAACAGCCAGGGUGAUCAGUUCCUAGCAGGAAAGAUUGGCCCCAAACUGAUACAGUUCAUCAAGGAGGUCCAACAUAGUCUAUGA